AUGUUGACCACGAGGACAACCAGGUGCAAAUUGUGUCUGGAGCCAGAUCGUGUAGGUGCGCUAAGGAGACCAGGAGCUUUGUCCAGAAACCCCCCUUGGCUCAACCUGGAUGGUGAGAAAAACACAUGUGGGGACGCGCAGAAGAUGGCAGGUUUUCCUGGCCUCUUUCCUGCUAGUGUUCCACCCGCUCUCCUUCUCUGGGUGUCCAUGUGGGGCUCCCCAGCGUCCGGGUUUUCUGUGAUGGGACCAGCUCAGCCCAUCAAGGUCCCACUAGGGACAGAUGCCACUCUGCCCUGCCAGUUGUCCCCCGAGCAGAGUGCAGCCCAUAUGCAGAUCCGGUGGUACCGAGCCCAGCUCUCCCCAGCAGUGCUCCUGUACCAGAAUGGGCAGGAACAAGACGGGGAGCAAAUGCUGGAGUACCGUGGUAGGACAGAGUUGGUGGAGGACUCCAUCGGCAGAGGGGCUGUGGCCCUGCUGAUCCAACAUGUCCGUGCGUCUGAUAAUGGCCAGUAUUGGUGUCAUUUUAAUGAUGGUCACAUCUCCCAGGAAGCCGUUGUGGAGCUGCACGUGAUAGGCUUGGGCUCUGCCCCUCACGUUCGCAUGAUGGGGCCUGAGGAUAACGGGAUCCAAGUUCUGUGCUCCUCAGGUGGCUGGUUCCCUAAACCCAGGGUGCAGUGGAGCGACACGGCAGGAGAGAAACUACUAUCCCUCUCUGAAUCUCAGAGUCAAGAUGGAGAUGGGCUGUUCCAUGUGGAGGCAUCUCUUGUGGUCAAGGACAGCUCUCUGGGCAAUGUGACCUGCUCUAUCCAGAACCCUGUCUCUGGCCAGGAGAAAGCAUCUGCUAUCUUCCUUCCAGAGCCCUUCUUCCCCAGAACGUCUCCAUGGAAGACAGCCCUGGCUGGGACACUCCCGGUGCUGGUGCUUCUCCUCAUUGGGAUCAGCUACACUGGCUGGAGACAACAUAAAGCCAAAAACAGAGAAGCAGAGAAAAGGAAGGAAGCAUCUCAGGAAAGAGACAAGGUGGCGAAAGAAAAGGAAGAGGCACAUUCAGCCAAAAGUAAAUCGGGCAGCAAGUCAAAUCAGAGGUUCCUGGAAAAGCUGCAGAUACUGUGUGUGCAGGACUGGAAGAAGGCCUUGAUAUAUCCUGACUGGAGGAAGGAACAGUUUGAACAUGUUCUUGUGAGUGUCAAUCAUGAAAAUGUUCAUCAGAACAAUUCUGACUUCACAAAGGAACCUCAGGCAGUAUUAUGUAAUAGGCAAAGAGGUGGCAAUCUUCUCAAACUUGAUCAGAAAGGAUUCACCAAGGGGAGACAUUACUGGGAGGUGGACCUUGAGGACACUGAUGAAUGGACUCUAGGCAUUUAUGACGAGCCCACAGAGAAGAGUGAUCUAGAGAAGAUGAAGUUCAACGUCUUAGAGAAGAAGGGAUGUGAAUACAGGGCUCUCACUUGUUCUUGCCAAAGCAUUUCCCAGGAAGAGUCUCUCCUGAUUGAAAAGUGUCCACAAAAGAUUGUGAUAUUCUUGGAUUAUGAGGAUAGUAACAUUUCUUUCUAUAACAUGAUUGAUGGAACCCACAUCUUCUCCUUCAACCAGGCCAACAUCUCUGGGUCAGUCUAUCCUUACUUCAAACUGAAAUCCAUGGAGUUCUCCCCAUCUGCAUGA